AUGUCGAGGAUCGCUUCCACCUCUUCGCCGUCAUUGGCUGCGGCAGCCAGCCGGGCGAGCAGGGCCAGACUGGCGGCCAGCUCGACACGGCCAGCUGCUCCAACGCCGCUGCUCCACCAGCGCACCGCUGUGCGCUCCCUGCGCUCGUCUCACACGGCAGCAUCGAGCGCCUCCUCGCGCCCAGUGUUGCAUGUAUCUGACACAUUCACCCAGCAAUCAGCUACCUCCAAUCGCACGUUUGCCUCAGCCGCCUCUCACACGGUCGACUCGGAUAUUGUCAUCGUCGGCGCUGGCGUCGUAGGCCUCGGUCUUGCCUGCGACCUCGUUGCCUCGGGCGCGGUCGGCAAACCAGCUGCCCACGCUGCUGCGCCCAUCACCAUCGUCGAGGCAUCGGAUCUCGCGCGCCUGCGCAGCUGGACCGCCGACCGCGCCGCCUACCUCGCCUCGCACCCGUCCACGUCCUCCUCCAACACACUCGACUGGGAGAACCGCGUGAUCUCGCUCACCGCCGACAAUCUCGCGUGGCUGCGCCGCAUCGGCGUAUAUCCGUACCUCGUCGAGCACCGUUUGCGGCCCGUCUCGGCCAUGCGUGUCUGGGACAGCCUCUCGGGCGCACUGCUCGACUUUGACUCGGCCGACCUCGAGCCCGGCGCCGCAUCCCAGAUCAGCGCAAUGGUGGAGAUCAGCAACCUUCAACAGGCCAUGCUGCGCUUCCUUGAGCAAGGGCCGGGUAAGGAUGCUGUCAGUGUCCAGGACGGCGUCAAGGUCGACGGUAUUCUGCCUGGGUCCAAGGUCGAGGCGGGCAGUGCGGUGGGUGAGAAGGACCCGUGGCCCGUGGUCGGGCUGUCCAGCGGUAAGGGUGUCCGUGCCAGGCUGUUGGUGGGUGCUGACGGGCCCAACUCGCCCGUGCGCAGGUACGCCGGCAUCGGCGACUACGGCUGGGCGUACAACCGCAAGGGCCUCGUAGGCACACUGCGCUGCCACGCCGCCGAGGCUGGAGAGCCACCCGUGGGCUAUACUGCAUAUCAGAGGUUCCUGCCUAGCGGAACGAUCGCAUUUCUGCCGCUGUCCGACUCGAGCGCCUCCAUGGUGUGGACACUGGAACCGCAGGUGGCUGCGGCACUGACCAUGCUCCACCGCGAUACGGCCGGGUCGUCACACGAGCCGCUGGCGCGGCUGGUGGAUGCCGCAUUCCGUCUGCCGUGGGCGCACAUCGAGCGGCUGUUCGAGCGUGUCGUGGCGUACACCAACCACGCGCUGCCCGAGGGCGUCCGCAGAGACUGGAGCUGGCUAUCCGCCGAGAUCCCGGACGAAGCACAGUGGGUCGAGCGCGCGCUUGGCGAGCCACUCCCCGAAAGCUCCACCGGCGACGUGCCGCCCAAGAUCGCCUCGCUCGAUGCCAAGAGCGUCGCGAGCUUCCCGCUCAACCUCAAGCACGCCGAUGCGUACCUCGGCGCCUCGCUCAAUGGCGCCUCGCCCCUGCCCUCGGGUGUGCUCGCCGGCGCGAUGGCCGCUGUCGGACUCGCACCCCAGGGCGCCGGUCAAGGCGCAGGGAGGGGUCGCACGGUGCUGGUGGGUGAUGCGGCGCAUACGAUCCACCCGCUGGCGGGACAGGGGCUCAACCUGGGUAUCGCCGAUGUCCGAUCGCUCUCCGCCACACUGCGCAGGGCGAUGCAGGCGGGUCAGGAUGUGGGAUCGUACAAUGCGCUCAAGCCGUAUGCGAGGGAGCGGUACUGGGAGAAUCAGAAGAUGCUCUCGGCCGUAGACCAUCUGCACUGGCUGUAUGCCGGUGUGCCGGUGCCGCUUGCGCAGCAGGCCGAUGGCGGCAGACGCCAGCGCAGCGUUGACGGGCUCGUCAAGAGCGCUGCCAAGGAGGUGGUCGGUCGCGGUGUGGUGUGGGCUCGAUCCACGGGGCUCGAGGUGAUCAAUGAGCUCGGGUUCGUCAAGAAUGCGUUCAUGCGACAGGCCGGAUCCACUUCGAGGCAGACGCGAAGUCUGCACUCGUCGCACCGCCCGCGGGCAGGAGCCAGGCAGGUGGUGCAGAUUCGGAUGCACUCCAGUGGUACGGGUCCGCUGGCGUCGGACGCGUACACGGGGAUACAGAACGGCGAUGCAGCCACGACCUCUACGCCUUCGCUUGCAUCGCUGACGCCAUCACAGCGGCGCGCGCUGCAGGACAUGCUGCGCGUCGACCACUCGGGCGAGAUCGCGGCCAACACGAUCUACCAAGGCCAGGCGGACAUGUUUGGGGCGCUGGGCGACAAGACGAACCGCGAUAUGGCGGUGGAAAUGUGGCAGACGGAGAAGAAGCAUCUGGACGUCAUGCGCGCACUGCUGCGCCAGCACAACGUGCGACCGUCGCUGCUGCUUCCGCUCUGGAGCGUCGCGGGGCGAGUCCUGGGUGGUGCAACCGCGCUGCUGGGACCCCGGAGCGCCAUGGCAUGCACCGAGGCCGUCGAGAGCGUGAUUGGCGAGCACUACGACGACCAGCUCAAGGAGCUUGCAACGAUUCUCGAGCAGGAGGAAAAGGCGCAUCCAUCGCUGCCGUUGCUCUCGGACAUCAUUAGGGAGUUCAGGGACGACGAGUUGGAGCAUCUCGACACUGCCGUGGAGCACGAGUCGCAGCAGGCCGCAGGGCAUGCGUUGCUCUCGGCCGUCAUUGCCGCCGGCUGCCGAGGCGCCAUCUGGGUUGCAUCGCGUGUGUGA